AUGUCUGCGACGGGUCCAGGCGGCUGCGCCCCGGGACCCGGACCCGCGUCGGGACCGGGGGCCGGGGCUUCGAACCCAAGGAAGUUUAGUGAGAAGAUCGCGCUGCACACGCAGCGGCAGGCCGAGGAGACGGCCGCCUUCCAGGAGGUCAUGAUGGACAUCACCUCCACCAGGUGUCUGUUACUCCGUGUCUCUCUCAGGGCUCCCUUCCCCUCCACUCUGGAGUCCAGCCGGUCCACUCGCCAUCACGGCCUGGUGGAGCGAGUCCAGAGGGACCAGCGGUUCAUCUCACCAGUCCGACCGUACCGCAACCGACCGGUGGACAACUCACCGUAUAACUCCGCCUACCUGUCCCCGCCCCCCGACCCCAGCUGGAGAAGGAAUUGGUCCGGAAACUUCCCCGGGGAUAAAAGCCACUCGUUCCGUCUCCCCACCACUGCUCUCAACAGGACCAACUCCGACUCAGCCCUCCACACCAGCGUAAUGAACCCUCCCUCAGGAGACCCCUUCUCCACAGGAGGACCCACCUUCAUCCCCCAGAGCAGCCGGCGCUCCGGUCAGAGUGAUGGCGAGGGCAGAAGAAUGUUUCCAUACCCGGUUCCUCCCAUUGAGGAGAACGUGUUGGACGAGGGGAAACUGCUCAAACCCUGGGACACAAAGAAGUUGCCUCUGUUGUCGUCCCGACCCAAAUCUUGUGAAGUCCCUGGUAUCAAUAUCUUUGCUUCACCGGAGCAGCCGUCCACGCCGGUUCACGGAGUCCCGUUGUCUCUCAACACCGGCGGCUCACUGCCCGACCUGUCCAGCCUCCACUUCCCCUCCCCGCUGCCCACGCCGCUGGACCAGGACGAGCCCGGCUACCCAGGAUCCUCUUCUCUGAGCGGCGGGAGCAGCACCGGGAACCUGGCCUCCACACUCACGCAGCUGGGCAUCAAUGUAUCUGGAGGCAACGGCAACUUCCAUCACCAUACACCAGGUCUCCUGGCGUCUCUACAGAGCACGCUCAGUAACCCCUCCCUGCACUCGUCCCUAAGCAACCCCAACAUCCAGUCGUCGCUCAGCAGCCACUCCUUUUCCAACUCUCUGAGCUCCGCCUCCCUGCACUCGUCGCUCAGCAACCCCUCACUGCAGUCGUCCCUGAGCUCCUCCCCCUCCCUCAGCAGCCAAUCGCUGCACUCCUCCCUCAGUAACUCCUCCCUCCAGUCGGUGUCCAGCGGUAACCCCAGCUACAGCGGUGGAAUGGGCGGCGCCGGCUCCUCCUCCUCCUCGUCCUAUUCGCCGCUGCUCAGCGGGGGGGCGGCGCUCAGCACGUCGCCGCGGAGACGAGCGCAGCUGUCUCCACUGAUCCUGCCCAUGGGGGGGGGGGAGCGGAGGCACCACUCCAAACAGUUCUCCCCCACCAUCUCCCCCACCCUGUCCUCCAUCACACAGGGCGUCCCACUGGACACCAGCAAACUGCCUCUGGACCAGAGGCUCCCUCCGUACCCGCUGAGCCAGUCCCACCAGCCUCUACCCUGUCUGCCCAGCUCCCAGCAGCAGCCUCCUCCGCUGGGGCAGCACCACCACCAACAGAUGCACCACCAACGCAUGCAACAACAGCAGCAGCAGCAGCAGCAGCAGCAGCAGCAGUCCAUGCAGCAGCAACAGCAGCAGCAACAGCAGCAACAGCAGCAGCAGCAGCAGUCCAUGCAGCAGCAGCAGCAGCAACAGCAGCAGCAACAGCAGCAACAGCAGCAGCAGCAGCAGUCCAUGCAGCAGCAGCAGCAGCAGCAGCAGCAGCAGCAGUCCAUGCAGCAGCAGCAGCAGCAGCAACAGCAGCAGCAACAGCAGCAGCUCCACCUGCAGAACCUGCGAAACCAGCACAUGCAGCAGCUCUAUGGAUCGCAGAAGCCGAUGGGGCCGCAGGUGAACACAUCGAACGCAGGGCUGAUUAAGAGCGAGAGCGCUUUGAAUCAGUGCAUCCAGAGCAUCCAGAGCAUCCAGAGCUCAUCUCAGUGUCACGUCAAACAAGAACCAGAGCAGCAGGCGGAGCAGCCGAGAGGCUGCGGCCUCCCGCAGCUCCAGCAGAUCAGCCAGAGUCUGGCCACAGACCUGUACAAUGACGCCUUGUUCAACUCUCUGCUGGACGACCCGUACCUGAGUCUGCAGCUCUCCAGCAAAUCCAGCCAGCAGUUCACAGCAGAGAACCAGGGCGACGGUUUGUCCCUGAACCACAGCGGCCUGAGCUUCGGCUCCACAGACAAAAACCAGUUCCCCUCCAACACCCAGGGGCCCCUGGGACUCCAGAAUCCCAGUGACCAGCAGCUUCUCAACAACCAGAACCAGAACUACAGUGGAGGAGACGGACGCCACAACGUCCCCAACAUCAUCCUCACCGGAGAUUCUCCUCCUGGUCUGUCCAAAGAGAUCGCCAGCGCCCUGUCCCACGUCCCUGGCUUCGAGAUGGACCCCUUCUCCCUGGACGACCCGCUCAGGAUGGACCACCUGGCUCUGGACAUGCUCGAAGGUGACCUGAUGCUCGCUGACCCAGCAGUGGAGGACUCCUUCCGAUCUGACCGGUUGAAGUGACCCCCCCGCCCCGCCCGCCCUCCACUCCAGGAGCUUGGCAGGAAUCCGGCGGAGAGAUGGCCACCCUGACAGAGCUGGAGAGGACGCCGCUCUGGUCUGCCCCAGCUAGACGGCCUCCAGAGCGGGGCUUGGACGUAACUCUGGAAUAUCUUUGUGGUCAGUGCGGUGAAGCCUCGGAGACGGACCUGAGGUUUCGUUGGCCUGACAGAAUGAACUGGUGGGGGGGUGGGGGGGGGGGGGUUCUCCGUCAAAGGCACUUCACUGAAAACGCUCUUGCAAAACUUGAUUUCAAGAAAAACCAAGUUGCUUCUCUUUUUCGGCAUUAGCUUGUACGAGUCUCAUCUGCAUGUUAAUGAAAAAGCACUCGUUAUGCAACACGCAGGAAUCCAAUGCUCACGUGACGUCGGCUUUGUAAACGAGACGUCUGUAGAAACCAGCAACGCUUGGAAGAACUUGAAUUCCAUUAUGCAUCUCGGUAGAACUGGAGCUUCUGACUGUUGUCAGGUUCCUCCAGCAGCCAUGUGGCCGUCGCUCCACAGGAAGGACGAACACGGUUGGUUUGGAUGAUUUCAACCCAAACUGCUCAGAGGCCUUCUCUGCCUCAUCAGCCACUUUGACAGGAACUCAGCCAUGAUUCAGGGGUUUUAUAAACACAUUUAAAUAUCACACGUGUCCAACCAACGGCCUUGAAGAGGUUGUGAGAUUCUCCUCAGUUGAUUGAAAGGUUCAAAUUGGGGAUGAGAGGAACCCACAACACGCUGCAUCUGCUCAGGUGGGAUUUGACACAUUUGUCUGAUUAAAGCAGCUUUGACGUCUGAAACCGAGCUGUGACCUCCGACCCGUCGGAACUGAAAAUCUGAUCAUUCCUCUUUGUCAAACAAGAUGAACAUCGUUACUGAGAAAUGCUCCAAACAUUUGACCAAGCAACUAAACAUGCUCCAUUUUUUUACAUUCUGACCUUUUUCAUUUUGUCAUCAGCAAUCAUCGGACUGAUUUCACAAACCAGAUCUGAUCUCGUCUUCAGAUUCAUAUGCUGCACAAAGUUUACUGCAUUUAAAUAGAAUCUCAACCGAGCGACAGAAUCAAACCACAGCUUUAGAAAACAUAUGCAAACCGCACAAGAUGCAAAUAAAAGGAGGAAGAUGGACGCAGAUCAGGUUGAGAUCAGAUGUGCCGCUGGUCAGGAGGCGUCACGUGAUUGUGACCAUGAGUUCAGUUGAGUUGGCUCUGGGUCCGGUGGCUUUGGAGACGCGAGUCAGAGCAGCUGUUUCAAACAGAUGUGGUUUCACAGUCUCUGAGAGGAUGCAGUUUAAAUCUGAAUCAUUUAGAAUCUAAAAUAUUUUUACACAAAACCUAUAUGAAAGUAUAAACAUAGAGACAAGAAGAAGCAUAAUUCAGUGUCUGCAUCCAAGCUGCAGGAGGAGCUCGGUACAACCUGUAGAGAAGCAGCUGGAAUCCUCCUUGGAUCGGACUGCACCCGAGUGGACUCGAGCAUUAACGGCCGCACCUCGUGGUGUCCGGCUGCCUUCGUGCCGACAGCAGCAUUCCACCGCACCAGAUGUGAGAGAGGUAGAAAGCGAACGCCCCCGUUUAUCAGCACAUCUUCCUACGACACUUCCUGCUGCGAUCUGACGCCUGAAAUGACCACGUGGGCGUUGAGACUCCAGGAAGUGGCUCUGACCUCAGCUGUCGUAGAGAUGCUGAGAGGUGGAGCUCUGUCGCCUUCAGACAGAGGCGUCUCUGAACUGUGGCUUCAGUGAGUUUCAGCCCUGUGCGCCUGCUGUCCCCCUGUCUGUCCACCUGUCUGUCCACCUGUCUGUCCACCUGUCUGUCCCCCUGUCUGUCCACCUGUCUGUCCACCUGUCUGUCCACCUGUCUGUCCCCCUGUCUGUCCACCUGUCUGUCCACCUGUCUGUCCCCCUGUCUGUCCACCUGUCUGUCCACCUGUCUGUCCACCUGUCUGUCCCCCUGUCUGUCCACCUGUACUCUAAUGGAGAACAAUGAGCCCCCUGAAGUUCUGCGGGUCAGUGAUGACCGUGUGGAUCGGUGAAGACGAACAAGGUCUCCACUUCCUCUAGAAAUGAAGCCAAAAUAUCUCAGAUACAAACGCUGCCAUCUUGUGGUGAUGACGUCAUUUACAGUCAGUCUGCAGUGGAGCUGUGGUAUCGAGGUGCCGCCCACACAAGCACUUGACCAAUCAGGAGUCAGUUUUAGCUGUCAAUCAUGACAUCUCUGCCUGUUUUAAUAUCAUCAAUUAACUAAUUAAACCCAACUGAUCAGAAACUUCAGAGAUUAGAACGACCUGAAAUGUCUAAUCUCUGAACUUGAACAAACUUCAGAGAUUAGAACUCAAAUGACAGAAAAAUCUUUCAAAACAUUUGUUUAAUUUUCACUUUUUCAGUUUGGAUCAUGUCCCAGCUGCUUACGUGGAGGAGGAGGGAUUAUGACCUGCACUGCAGCCGGCCACCAGGGGGUGAUGCAGAUGUUUUGGCUUCACUUUUAGGAGCUGUCAUGUCGUCCAUCUUUAUUUAGAGUGUGAACGUGAAGAAUGAGCUGCAGCUGGAGUCAGAAACCAGACUGUCACAAUGAUGUCAUAGCUUUGACCCCGCCCCCAUGUCAUUUUCAUAUAACAGCUUUAACCUUGGUCACUGAUUGACAGCCCCCCAUUAGCCCCGCCCCCUCUUUGCCUGCACUUCCUGUCUCAGUGUUGAGGCCGAGCCCAGUAACGUAUUUUUAUGUAACAGAGGUAAAGAAUGGUUAUUAUUAACUUUAUUAAUAAACUAUAAAGGAGUUUAUAUUUUUUAAUGAGAUUAUCUAAAAUCUGUUUGUAAAUUUAAAAAAGAGAAUAUUUAACAAGAGAAGAAGAAACAUUGUAGAAGUCAGACACACACACACACACACACAGUGUUUGAAUCUGGUUUCAGGAAAAGGUCCGUGUCGAGUUUAUUGAGACAAUUAUCACUUUGAGACGAUGGAACUCUUUCUAGACGAGCGAGCACAGAUCCAUCCGCUCUGACCUCCGGUUUCUAUUUGUUCUCUGAUGACGUGAAAUCUGUUCCCCUUCGUCGCAGAGUUCAGUUUCUCUGUAACUUCUGCUGCUCGGCACAAAGUCCCGAACAUCUUGAGUCUCAGAAGCGAAUCUGCUCGUUGAUGUCGGAGCGAUUCUGUUGUUUCCAGCUUCUUUUGUCCGUGAUCGUCUUUAUACUCAAACUCAGCUCUGGAAAAACAAGAAAUCAAAGAAAUAAAUUAUGGAAUGAUUAAAUCUACAAUUUCUCUAAUUUUAUUGUUUUUGCAGUUAAGUGGAAACUUUUUUAACUUUUCACUGAACGUUGUGUUGACCUCAAUGAAGGGAAAGAAAUAUGAGAUUUUGAGAAUCAAGUCCUAAUUUUACGAAAAUAAAGUAUUAAGUCAUAAUGUUUUGAAUGAUUUUGGAUUCAGAAGGAGCUCUGAUGAACACAACUUCUCCUUGACGAGCAUUUAGCUCCAAAAGUUAAGUUUCUAUUCUUACUUGAAAUAUUAUGACUUUGUCCAUCAAUUGACAACUUUAUUCUUGAAAUCUCUGAAUUUUCUUCAAAGAUUUGGUCCAAAUAAAAAAUGGACAAGUUUCAGAUGUAGAAAGUUUGAAAACUUCAAACGUCACCGGAUGAGGAAAUAUGUUAUAAACAUUAAUAUCAUGAGAUUAAAGAAUCAACACAAGUGUGUUGAUGGUAGAAGCAGAAACGUUUUUAAGCAAGAAAAAUCCUUUUACGAUAUUUUUAUUCCGUUUUUUUUUCCAGUUUUUAAAUUUUUUUUGAACAAUUGAAUGAUAAAUUAUUUAAAAAAUUCAAAUGUGUCUUUGUACGUCAGCGGUGCCAGAAAGUGAAAACAAGGAAUUCAAACUUUAUUGCCAAAAUGUUUUAAAGUAGACGUCGGACACUUCGUACAGAACUUCUCAUCGUUAAAGGUCACGUGAUGCGUCAAAGGUCACCUGGAGCUUGUUGCGAUUGGAUCAGAUGAUUUGUGUUGAGCAUCAGGCCACAGCGCCCCCUGCAGGUCAGUUCAGGCUGCUGCAGUCACAUGUUCUCAGGUGGUUCCGGUCUUUAACAAACGUACGAGCAGGUUGUGAUCUGAUGAAGGUGAAGUCGUUGAUUCACCACUCGUCGGCACUGUUUGAGUUUUGAAGUGAAUUUUGUGACAUGAACGAGGUGAUUUUCCGACGAGGACAGUUGACCUCUGACCUCUGAGCAAUCGAGUCGAUCCGCUGAGGUUUCUGUUUCUGAGCGGCGGGUGAAUUCUUGGAAGGUCGAUAUUCAGGUUCUCGUUGGCGCCGGCCGCCAACCAGAUUUCUUUAUUGGGGAAACAGGAAGUGAUGUGAUGGCGUUUCUGGCUGAUGAUCGGUUCAGUGUGUGGACACGUUAAGGAAUCAGCUGAUCGACCCGCUGCUCGUGCACGAGGAUGUAAACAUGACACGUGACGACUCAGAGCCCAGUUUCAUUUUAUAGAGACAUUUUCCGUUUACAGCAGAAAAACAUUCAUCACAACUGUUUUUGUCACCAGCAUCUGAAUCCAGUCGACUUAUUUUAACAAUUUUAUUAAAAGAGGGUUUACAAAAAUGAGACCAAUUCAAAUCUGAUGAAAAUAAUUCAAACAUGUCAAAAGUUAUUUUACUUCCCCUGGAGCCGGAGCAGGUCAGCUGACACCUCCGCUGCACGACGGAGCCGACCUUUGUUUUCAUUUGGUUUUGUGUUUGAAUUAAAAUCCAGAUGUAGUAAAAAUGUGUGGAAUGUUAUUGUUAAUUUAACUGAUUCAACAAAAAGCUGAAUUGGAAACAACUGAUUUGAAUUUUAUAUUAAAAAAGUCUGUGAAAUACGUUUGCAGUAAAGAGUAGAAGUUUAUUCUCAGGAGUGAAGAGUGGAAACUCAAAACGUACCUGGAGACGUGUGAGACUUUGAGCGGCAGGAAAAUCUGAAUCUGUUGGAAAACAUCAAGAUUAAUGAAAUGAUGUUUUUGAAACAAGCAUUUUUUUAUUUUUUUAUCUCAAUUUAUUAGAACAAGUUUCAUGAAAUGUGAGAAAUAACUUACAGACAAAAACAUUUAAAAGAAAAAUCAUUGUGUGUGUGUGUCUCUCUCUCUCUCUCUCUCUCUCUCUCUCUCUCUCUCUCUCUCUCUCUCCAGUUAGGAGGCCAGUUUGGUUCAAUACCCUCAUUUUGACUUUGUGAGGACACGGCUGGUCUUCACAAAGUCAAAGGGAUGUUUGGGAUUCAGGUCAGGGUUAGAGAAUUCAGGAUGUCAAUGAGUUUCCUCACAACUAUAGAGGGACAAGUGUGUGUCUGUGUGUGUGGCAACAUUAUGUCUUUGUAAUGCAAUAAACCUGUUGUGAGGUCCAGACUCUGCCAGUAGGGGGAGCUGUUGACCAGCGAGGUGUGUGUGUGUCUGCAGAUUAGGGAUCAGUUAAAGGCCAUAUUUCAUAUUUUUUCAUAUUUUGUAUUGAUGUAUAAUAUUAAUGUUCUUACAUUAUUAAUGUCAUUCUUUGUUUUUCUUGCGUUCUCUCUCUCUACCCCUGUCCUCUCUCUCUCUCUUUCUCUCUAAGCCCCCUCUCCUCCUGUCUCUCUCUCUACCCCCUCUCCCCCCCCUCUCUCUCUCUGUAUGUGAUUAAUAUGUUGACAUGUGAUGAUGAUGUCAUAACCAGGGAACGUUGCGUGUUGUAAACCUGUGUGAAAGCUGAGCAGAGAUUUAAUAAGAAAAUAAAACAAGUGAAACCUG